AUGUCGGACAAAAUCACGUCCAAGAACCUCUCCUACGACACCACGAUCCCGCCCUUCCUGCGCGCCCUGCACGCCCAGGCGGCCAGGAAUGCGGCGGACCCUGACCCGAUCCUCUCGAAGCGGCGGCGGGCGGGCAAGAAGCGCUCCGAGAGCGAGGAGGCCGAAGACGCGCCGCUCGUGGUGGACGACGAGGGCAACGUCGUCGAUGUGCGAGUGGACAAGGACGGCGGCGUCGACGAGAGCGCGCUGAAGAAGGAUGGCGAGGUGGGCGACGAGACGGGUGCCGGCAGAGAGGAGAGCAGGAGGGAGGCAGAGAAGCUGGCGGGGAUUGGGGCGAGUAAGAAGCGGAAGGCUGGCAAGGUUGUUGGCGGUGGUGGUGGUGACGGUGGUUACGGUGACGCUGCUGAGGAUGCGUCAAAUAAUGUGAAAAAGGACAGUAAGGAGGACGAGAAUGGCAAGAAGAAGGCCGGCAAGAAGAAGGGCAAGAAGAUCAAGCUGAGCUUCGAUCCAGAAUGA